AUGAGCGUACAUACGCGUACAAUGAUGUACAAUGUCAAUCCGAGGUGCCAGCCGUGGCACGGCCAUGCUCCCUUUCCGAUCGACCUGUCGCAAUACCAGAAGGUUGCCAUUGACCCUUGGACUACCACUAGCCUCAGCAACAAAGAUCGUGAUGCCUUGAAGACAAACAUUAGUCUUUGCAGAGAUGCCUUGGUCUUCUUUACAGCUUUGGGCGGUGCGUCUGGAUACGGCGGCCACACAGGUGGUGCUUUCGAUAUGAUGCCGGAGGUGUGCCUUGCUGAUGCCUUCUUCAGAGCUUGUCCUUCCAAAUUUGUGCCAACCUUUUUUGAUGAAGCUGGUCAUCGAGUUGCGACACAAUAUCUCUUUGCAGUCCUACAUGGCCAGAUGGCCGUUGACAGGCUGCUGGACUACCGAGUGGGUCACAAGGCAUUACCUGGACAUCCUGAACUUGGCCUCACGGAGGGCGUCAAGUUUAGCUCAGGUCGUUUGGGGCACCUCUGGGGCCACGUGAACGGUGUGGCCUUGGCAGAGCCAGACCGCACGGUGUGCUGCUUUAGCUCCGAUGGCUCGCAGAUGGAGGGCAACACUUCGGAGGCAGCCAGGAUGGCAGUCGCGCAGAAGUUGGAGGUGAAGCUGUUCAUUGACGACAAUGACACCACCAUCGCUGGACACCCUUCAUCCUACAUGAAAGGCUUCAAUGUAGGCCAAACUCUCCAAGGGCAUGGCCUUGCGACGGAAGAUGUCAACGGUGAAGACUUGGAUGCCCUGUUUGCUUCGAUGCGUCGGGCAGUAUUGCACAGUGGCCCCUAUGCGGUGGUCAUCAAAAGGAGCAUGUGCCCAGGAGUGGCUGAUUUGGAGGGCUCGAACGAAGGCCAUGAUGCUAUGCCCCUGAAGCACGCCGUGCAGUACCUGCAGUCACGGGGCCACUCUGAAGCCGUGCAGCUCUUGCAGAAGGUGCCAAAGACCAAGGAUCCCUAUGAGCCUUACCUUGGGGCUGGCAAGUUUGGAGCACCCAGGCAAGUCUUUGGCGAAUCCGUGUCUAGGAUUCUUGGGCAAUUGUCUUCAGAAGAGCGCCGCCAACGAGUUCUUGUGGUGGACAAUGACUUGGAGGGCUCCUGCGGCCUGAAGAAGGUGGGUGAGACUUUUCCGGAGAUCUAUUUGAAGGGUGGAAUCAUGGAGCGCGGCAACUUCAGUGCAUGUGCUGGAUUCAGCAGCUGCAGUGGUCGUUGCGCCGUUUUUGGCACUUUCGCAGCUUUUCAGGAGAUGAUUCUCAGUGAGGUAACAAUGGCACGUCUCAAUCACUGCAAUGUCUUGUGCCAUUUUAGCCACAGCGGGGUGGACGACAUGUCAGACAACACCUGCCAUUUUGGAGUGAACAACUUCUUUUCUGACCUGGGGCUGAAGAGCAAACACGCCCCUGACACUCAGCUCUUCUUUCCUGCAGAUGUACAUCAGACUUCAAAGGUGGUGGAGGCGGUUUUUUGGCAGAGCGGCUUGCGCUUCAUCUACACCACGCGGUCCAAGGUUCCUGAGAUCUUGGACGACACUGGAAGGGCUGUUUUCGGGGACGGCUAUGAAUUUCAGCUGGGAAAGGAUGAUUUGAUUUGGGGAAAUACGACAUGUGACGGCUACAUCGUCUCUUACGGCGAUGCGUUGUAUCGAUCUCUAGAUGCGGUGCACCGGCUUCAGCGCAUGGGCGUGGCAGUCGGGCUGGUGAACAAGUGCCAUGUGAAUGCUGUGGAUGAAGAUAUGAUGCAAACCAUCGGCAAGUCCAAAUUUGUUCUGGUUGUUGAGUCUCAAAAUUUACAAACAGGCCUGGGCCUUCGCCUGGGAACCUGGCUGUUGGAACGCGAGCUGACGCCCAAAUUUGCGCGAUGUGGUACGCACAAAGAGGGUUGUGGUGGCACCUGGGAGCAAGCCUACUAUCAAGGCUAUGAUUCAGCCUCCAUCGUCUCCACAGUCCUCGAAUUGUUCACGCCUCAAGGCAUGGAACUUUGA